AUGGAUUUGGAGAAGUCAGACACUGGUGAACGCAAGGAUACCACCACGUUCCACGAGAAUGCCCCUGCCGACGAAGCCCUUGCCCAGUUUUCAGACGCAGAAAAGACCAAAGCCUUCCAGAAACUGGAUUGGAAUCUGAUCCCUCUUCUCGGUGUUCUCUAUAUGCUUUCCUACAUUGAUAGGGGCAAUGUUGGAAAUGCUUAUACCGCUGGUAUGGGUGAGGAUUGGGGUAUCACUUCCAACCAGUACUCCUGGAUCAUUACCGCGUACUACUUAGCCUAUAUCGCUUUCCAUUGGUUUAUUCUUCUAUGGAAGCUUGUCUCUCUACCAGUUCGUCUCCCGCCCCCAGUCCCCCACCUCAUGUGGGUUGCUCUCAUGGCUUUCGGCUGGGGUGCUGCCAGUAUCCUUCAGGCUGCGACGGUUAAUUUUGCCGGGUUGGUUGCUCUCCGGUGUUUGAUCGGCGUCUUCGAAGCUGGAUUUGCCCCUGGAGUUGCGUUGUUCCUUUCAUUCUUCUACCAUCGAUCGGAAAUGGGCUUUCGAUAUGGUCUUUUCAUCUCAUUCUCGCCGAUAGCGAAUUGCUUUGCGUCCGCUCUAGCUUAUGGCAUUGUUCAUGCUAACAGCUCCCUCACGAAGUGGCAGCUCUUAUUUAUCAUUGAGGGUAUUCCUACAAUUUUAAUUGCACCUCUUGCAUACUUCUUCCUUCCGAAAGGGCCCGGGGAAUGCGGGUUUCUCACCAACAGAGAGAAUGAGAUCGUUCGCCUCCGUGCACUCUCCGCUCGCGGGCACGAAGAAAAGGGCAAGUUGAAUUUCAAGCAAGUAUUUGCUGCGUUCUAUGACUAUAAAAACUAUCUCCAAGCUGUUAUUAUUUUUUGUCUCAAUGCUGCCUUUGCCGCACUGCCCGCGUUCCUACCUACUAUCAUUCAGGAUAUUGGAUAUUCCUCGAUUCAAGCACAAGGCCUAUCCGCACCACCAUACUUAGUUUCCUAUUUCGUUUGCCUUGCCGCCUCUUUCCUAUCAGAUAGGGCUGGCAAUCGUUCAUAUUUCUUGAGCACGCUAAGCACAGUGGGCGCCGUCGGGUAUCUCGUUCAAGCCCUUGUGAAGGGUGGAGGCGUGCGAUACUUCGCCACUUACCUCGUUUGCGGCGGUGUCUUCCCUGCCGUGGCGCUAACGUUCACCUGGGUGACUGAUAAUCAAGGUUCUGCCUCUAAAAGAGGAGCGGGAUUGGUCAUAUUCGGCAUGGUGGGUCAGACCGGGUCCAUUGCUGGCUCUCGAUUCUUCCCCAAAGAGGAAGGUCCGUUCUACAUCAAGGGCAUGGCGAUCAGCGCAGGACUUCUCUUCUUUGCUGCUAUUCUGGCUCAAGUUCUCAGAAUGCUAUUGAAUUUGGAGAAUAAACGGCGGGAUCAUGUGCACGGCCCUGUGCGUAGCACUGACAUGUCGGAUGAUGUGGUAAAUGCCGGAGAUGAGCAUCCUAACUACCGAUUCAUCCUAUAG